AUGGCGGAACAAGAGGAGCGGCGAAGAAUCCUGAAGCGCAUAGAGGAUGACAAAGAGGAGAGGCGGAUGCGGGCGUCGGCAAAGGAGCAGCAGAAAAUUGAGAGCCAAAAGGCAGACGGCGCUGCUGCCUCGGCCAAUGCUCAGCUGAGCAAACUGCCCUCAAUGGCCAAGGUAUCCGAAAUGGCGUCCUUACAGGUCCGGCUCUUUGACGGCUCAACCAUACGCUCAAGAUUUAAAACGGCUUCUCCUCUAAAGGGAGUCAGACGUUGGGUCGACGAGAACAGAGGCGAGGGCAAUGCUCCCUACACAUUCAAGCAGGUCCUGACACCGCUACCUAACAAGAACAUUGACGCAACGGAAGAAAGCAAGCAUCUUGGCGAGCUGGGUUUAGCUCCGUCAUCAACCCUGGUCCUCAUUCCCGUCCAAAAGUACUCUUCGGCUUAUAGUGCCGCGGAGCAGCAGCAGAAAUCCUUCUUUUCCAAGUUUCUUGCCAUGAUUCUGGGCUUCUUUACAUGGCUCCUGAGUUUGGUUGGCCUGGGCGGUGGGCGGAGAGAAGCCGCAGGGGAAAGGGGCCAGGGGAGAGAUGGAACACCUCUUGCCAGGGCGAGGACGGCUUCUGAGGAGAGAAAUCGCCGUGUCAGAGGGCUACAGAACUUGCAGCGCGAUCACCAACUUUACAAUGGCAACUCGCUUAAUUUUGAGCCCCGAUCAGACGACGACGAAACAUGA